AUGGACAAUCGCUAUCGACCUCGCUCGCCCCCUGGCCACCGCCGACUCCCUGCGCAGGACCCACGAGUUUCAACAGGCUUCAUUUCCACCUCAUAUGAGCCAGCCUACUCUUCGUACCCACGGAGCGCGGUUGAGCCGCCGUACUCGCACGCUCGUCAUAGCAGCAUCUAUGAUCCUGCCCCUUAUGUCAAGAGACAUGCAUACAACGAUCCCUACAGCGGAUCUGUCAGUCGGACGCAGUAUCCUGCUACGUCUUUCAGCAGGCCUAGAAACAACUCCGCUGUGGUUGCUGAUACGAGGCGACCUGUGAGCAUGUAUGGAGGUCAAAGCAGCUCACCGACCCGAUACAAACCUGUCGUUAGCAAUGCCCCACGCGACCGUCCCCGGAGCCCGCCCUCCUACAACUCGGCGAGAGACGACUCCAAAUACCUCGUACCUGCUCGUUCCAACGGAUCAGACCAUCAUCAACGACAUUAUAGCGCCAGAGGCGCAGAUGUUGACAGGCUAGCUCCGGCCGGGCGGUCCAGCAAGCGGCCUGAGGGCAUUAAGGAUGACGACUUCAGCUACACUGGGCCACGAGAACAAUUCGCGCGGGACUAUCCAGAUCGUGGGCCAUCAUCUCGUGAUACUCUGCCCAGGGAUGUCCCUCCACCACGAGAUUUCCCACCUGUGCGAGAAAGAGACAUGCCGCCACCCCGCGAUAUUCCGCCGCCGCGGCGCGAGAGGCCUGUCAGUGUUAUGGACCCCUUGGACCUGAAAUCAGCUUCGCUCCGCCGUGACCCUCUGCCUCCUUCUCGUCAGCCCGACAGACUAGAACCUGUCCGCAGAAGCGUAUACGACGAUGUUCCGGACCGGUCAAGCGACUUGCCACAGCGUCGCCACUCCAUGCGCCAACCUGUUGUACAUCAACCGCCUUUGACGCAGGAUCUUCGAGACGAUGGUCGUGGCCCCAUCCGUGAGAUUGUCGAUCGCACGGCGCCUCGAGUCCGGCGUGAGCGCUAUGACGACGACGAUCCCCCUCCUAAACUCCGUCAACGGGAAAUGGAACCGCCUCAUGACCCCACUGCUGGUAUCGCCAACGCUUUAAUGAAAUCGAAGAAGUCUGAUGAACCAUCAGAUAGUGACGAACGGAAGGAGAGACGGCGGAGACGCCACCACCACCACAAGGACGAGGAUGAGCUGGAUCAAGGAGACCCUGGUCUUCCUGCUGAUGCAAAACACAGGGCCUUGCCCGAGACUGAGGACAACCACAACCAGCAACGUGACAGUGGAUAUGGGACCUCCCGCCGUGAAGACCCUGGCGAUUCCCCAGACGAUGAGCACGUCAAGCGUCGCCACCGUCGGCGCCAUCAUGACCGUGAUUCAGAGGAUGUUCCGGCAGAGGACGGCUUGCAACCACCCCAUCAACACGCCGAACGAGACGUCAGCCAGGUGAUGAUGGUGCAGGACACCAUCGACGUCCGCACCAUCUCGCCAGGCGACGAAGACGAUGGUCGCAAACGUCGGGUCACCCUCGUGGAGCCAGAGAGGAAAGAAGAGUUCAAGCCUAAAGGCAUCCUGAAGCCCCAACGAAUGACUCCAUUCCCGGAAGAUCCGAAUCCCACAAGAGAAGGAGUAGCGCCUCUUAAGGAAUCUGGCAAGCAGAACCAGCCAGGCAUUCCGGAUGGCGCACGCUGGACGAAGAUCAGUCGCAUGUUGGUGAACCCUGAAGCGCUCGAGAAAUACAACGAGCGGUUUGAAGAGCGCGAAGAAUACGUGAUCGUGCUGCGAGUGCUUACGAGGGAGGAAAUCACAAAGUUUGCUGAGAAGACCCAACAGAUCAGAGCGGAGCGUGAACGUCAGUGGCAAGAGCAAGUAGAGGAGCGACGAAGUGCUGAAGCCGAACGCCGUCACCAUCCUGAUGACGAAGAUGAUGAGGACGACGAUGAAGAAGCAGACCUUCCACGCGCGGCCCUGGACUCGAAGCCAGCAGAGCCAGGUCUUGAUCCUCAGGACCUGAUCAAUCCGGAGCAUCAGCCAGCCGCGAUACCUGGGGCUAGCUUCGCCAAUGCUCCGCUUCCCGAAAUCAAGCUGGACGAUGUCGAGGCCGCCAACUAUUCGACCAACGUGUAG